AUGGCGCGUGUCGCGGACGCUGCGGCGGCACUCGGGCUUUCAAUCGAGCUCAAGGUGAUGGAGCAAUCCACGCGCACCGCAGAGGAUGCGGCGCGCGCCUGCGGCUGCCACGUCGGCCAGAUCGUCAAGUCGCUGGUUUUCGAGGACGCGGCGAACGGGGCACUGGCCCUGUUGCUGGUCUCGGGCGGUCACAAUGCGGAUUUGGAAUUUAUUUCAGAUUGUUACGGCUUGACUUUGAAGCGAUGUGACGGCCGGCGUGUGCGCGACGAGACCGGCUUUGCCAUCGGCGGCGUGGCACCGAUCGGCCAUCUGGCGCCGAUCCCGAUCUAUAUGGACACGACGCUUCUGGACUAUGAGACGGUCUGGGCGGCGGCCGGAAGGCCCGACAGCGUCUUCAGCGUCGAUCCGAAUGCGUUGGCCAAGGCCAUUGACGCCGAGAAGAUCGACGUUGUGCCCAAGCCCUGA